UCAAAAUACGGUUUAGUUGAAUUAGGAGAAUAUGUGUCGAUCAUGAGGGUCAUUCCCAACUAUAUCUCUGGUCUAUCUAACACAUGUAUGACCUAUGUCAACUAAACUAGAUCGGACCAAAUCCUACUGUUCAGAACUGUCAGAAGCAGAGGAGGAGAGUAGUUAAGCAUCCCUACCUAUACAUGCUUCGAGUAAUGGAUAAUAAUUUGUAAUUUUCAAAAAAAAUAAAAAAUAAAAAAUAAAAAGGUGCAGCCGGAAGCGCAAAAGAGUUGCGAAAAGGAAAGAGAAGAGGAGAGCCAAGUAAGUACAUGGCGUUGAAGAUCCACCCAAAUAAACACAUAUUGUUGAAAAGGCUGAUGCUGAAGAAAGGGAAGACGAUGCAGAAUAAGCAGGAGGAGAUAGACAAGGAAGAUAUAAUAAGUAAAUUACCGGCUGAAAUUCUGGUAUCAAUUAUGUGUAUGUUGAGGACAGAAGAAGCAGCAAAGAUGAGUGUGGUUUCUCGGCUAUGGCGUAGGAUUUGGAUUACUACCAUUCGGGUUACACCUAGGUUGACAAUUUUUUUGGAAAGAGAGUCUGUUGCGGAUAUAGCGCCAUGUGAUUUAAGCAAAAAGAUACGUGAUAUAAAUAAGAAGAUGAGCAGGAAGAUAAUUGAGGUGUACAGAGUAUUGAAGUUGCAUAAGGCACCUACUCUGUAUGAGUUUUCAUUAAUGGCUGACUUGACAUAUAAAGACUGUCAUCAUAUCGACGCAUGGUUGGAUUUCGCUGCAAAAAAACAUGUCCAAAAGCUCGUGCUGGAUAUUCCUUCUGUUAUGGUUUACGAUGCUAUGUUUGUAGCUAAUAAUUUCCAUUCCCUCAGGGAUUUGACUAUGGAGGGAAUAAGUGUCACUGAAAACUUUAUUGACCGUUUGUUCUCCAACUCUCCCUUUCUUGAACGUUUUGUUCUUCUAGCUUCUAAUAAACUUGACAGGUUGAGCAUUGCUUUUGCUCCCAAUCUUAAGUACUUGCAAAUAGAAAGUUCCGAACGCCUGCAACACCUCCAAAUCUCCUCCGCUGAAAAUCUUAAUACAAUAAUAAUUAAAUUCAUCGAUGAGGUUAAUUUCGAAAGCGUCAACAUAUCUGCCCCAAAUCUCUCCCACAUAAGUUUUGCCAUCUUUGAUGACGGCUUCAAAUUUGACUCUUUUGUCACUGUGCUUAAUCAAAUAAAAAGACUUGCUAUUGAGGUCUACACGGAUGCUAUUUCGGCUCAGUUACCUCAAAUUCUUAAGUUGAGCAAGCUUGAGCAUUUGGAAUUAACGUUGGGUCAUUGCUCCAUAAUACCAUUUCACUGUUUGCUGGAUAUUCUAAAGGCGGCUCCUUUCUCGAUUACUUUCUCAUCCCAGGACCAAGCAGUCUUAGCACAUCCUGCUAAAGACAAUGCCUUAAAGUGGUUGGAUAUGCAUAUACCUAAGGAAGUAGAGGUGAAUCAGAACCAUUCAUGUCAAUGCCUUAAGGUGGUGAAGUGGGGUGUCUUUGCUGGGUGCCAAUCUGAAGUUGAGUUUUUGUUGCAUUUACUCGAGUAUGCUGUGUCAGUGGAGAAAAUAUUUAUUGAGCUUAUGGAUUUAAGUUAUUGGAGAGACAGAGAACAUUGGCGGGGGUGUAACUAUGAUGAUCAAUAUGAAGAACUCUGUGUCGAGUGUGCCCGGUUACUGAGAACGAAGAUACUGCAAAUGCAUCCUCGUGCAGAGGUCAUCAUAACUUAAUUUAAUUGUAAGAAUUUGAUUAUGGACAAAUUAUGUUUUAUAAUUAUUAUUUAUGACUAACAUUGAUAUAGAUGCACCUUCUCUUUUC